CUGGUGAGACACACUGAGCAUAUUAGACGUGCCCAGCCAAAGUGAGACUUUACAGACAGACGGUCAGGCUGAGGGGCCACGUCUGAUUUGUGAUCUCAUUAUUAAAAGGACCUUUAUUUCGGCAGCAACAAAAGACCAACUAAAGGACUACUUUUUCAUUUCUGUGCUGUCACCAACUCGGACGCGUCCUCUAAGCUAGUUAAACUUUCUUCGGACAAUUCCUUGUGUGUCGUAUCGCAAAACUUACAGUUAAGUGCGUCUGACAACGUUUAAUCAAGUUUUAUUUGUCCGGUACUCACCGUGAAAGAUCUAAAACUCUACCCGACCACCAAAGGACGUUAUACCAACAGUGAAAAUCAAGAUCCAAGGAAAUAUUGUCCAUGCAGGACGCGUUCAUUCAGCGGGAAUAAGGAACAAAGACAUUCGUGCCAACGACUGAAGAUCUCUUGGUGUUGCCGCCAGACUCACAAGUAUCAAUUUGCUCAAUCUCCAGGACAAAGAAAGGGACAGAACACGCAUGGAAAAAGUCUAAACGUGCACGAAUAUCUUCAAAACGCGUUGAAGCCGGAGAUACUUUUCAAAUCACCUAACGUUACUGUAUAAGGCACGCGCCUCCUUUCAAACUGACUCAUAUUUAUUCUGCAUUCAUUGGAGACGACAUUUUCUUUCUUAUGCCGAGACUUAACUACAGCUGACAGUUUCUCAGUGUCCAUUUCAUAAUAGUGUAUGUUUUCCCCGGUGGAAAUGUUCUCUGACAAGUAGACACAACUAAGUGCGCCUGUAGUUUUCAUUGUUCUGUUUUUGAGAGGAACGGGUCCUUUGUCUAAGCAGCGAGAUGAGUAUGAACCUGUCAACUCCUACACCUCCACUGCGACUGAAGCGAGUAGACUUUGAGGACUCUCACAACACCGAUACCUUUAAAUGCAAGCGCCGCAGACUCAGCCAGCCUCCAUCCCCGGGUCUCGCGCCCUGUCUUCACCCCCUGUCCCAGAGCCAUGAGCAGCCGGGCUCAGAGAAGCACCAUGUCUCGCGUAUUGGGCCCUACAUCUUGCUGGAGGCCACAGAAGGAGCUCAGACGUUCAGAGCGGUUCAUCAGGUCACAGAACAGGAGUACACAUGCAAGGUGUUUUCCAUUAAGAAGUAUCACGAGUUCAUCGCACCCUACACACGUCUGCUUCCACACAGCAACAUCUGCAAGAUCUCAGAGGUGGUGCUCGGGGAGGCCAACAUGUACACAUUCUUCGAGCGUAACUAUGGAGACAUGCACUCAUACGUGCGCACCUGCAAGAGGCUGCAGGAGGAUGAGGCAGUGCGCCUGUUUGGCCAGAUGGCAGCCGCGGUCGCGCACUGUCAUGAGAACGGUGUCAUUUUAAGAGACCUUAAACUGCGCAAGUUCGUGUUCACCGAUCCACAGAGAACAAAGCUGGUCUUGCAAAACCUGGAGGACUCCUGUCUUCUUAACGGGAAUGACGAUUCACUGACGGACAAACAUGGCUGCCCGGCCUACGUCGGCCCGGAGAUCUUAAACUCACGGCACUCGUACUCAGGGAAGGCUGCCGACGUAUGGAGCCUUGGUGUGGUUCUCUACACCAUGCUAGUAGGACGUUAUCCAUUUCAGGACGUGGAACCCACAGCACUGUUCAGCAAAAUUCGCAGGGGUGCGUUCACCAUCCCGGAGACUCUUUCACCCAGGGCUAAGUCACUGGUGUGUUGCAUGCUGAGGAAGUCUCCCUCGGAGAGGCUCGAGGCUGGAGAUAUACUCUUCCACCCGUGGCUCCACUGUAACAACAACGUAUCCCUCAACCAGCACUCCAGCACCAGACACUCGACAGAUCAGGUGGUGCCUGAUUUUGAACCAAAUGAGAAUGAAGAUUGUUAAUGAGCUGCUUCAUUCUGUUUACCCACAAUCAGGGGGAUUGGACUCUAUGGAGGAGAGAUUGCCUCGUAAGGUAUGCAGAGUUCAAGGGCAUCAAUUGGAAGAGAUUCCAGAAACUACGACAGUACUGUUUUUUUACCUUGUGAGGAACUACUGAGGUGUUCAUGAUGGGCCAGAGACUGACCAUGUAGUCUUUACAGACAGAAGUAACAGUGUUUCUUACCUCUGAAAAUACCAAUUUGUGGUGAUCUCUCCAAGAAAA